GCCCCGGGCUCAGCCUCUCUCGCUGCUCCGCAGCUGUCAGCUUCAGUCCGGGCCGGCCCGGCGAGGCGGCCCGCAGCUCCCGCGCACCCCCUGCGCCCACCGGCCGCGCCCCCGGGCACCAUGCUGCCCUCGCAGGAGGCCUCCAAGCUCUACCACGAGCACUACCUGCGCAACUCCCGGGCCAUCGGCGUGCUCUGGGCCAUCUUCACCAUCUGCUUCGCCAUCAUCAACGUGGUGGUCUUCAUCCAGCCCUACUGGGUGGGCGACAGCGUGAGCACCCCGAAGCCCGGCUACUUCGGCCUCUUCCACUACUGCGUGGGCAGCGGGCUGGCCGGCCGGGAGCUCAUCUGCCGGGGCUCCUUCACGGACUUCAGCACCAUCCCCUCGGGCGCCUUCAAGGCGGCCGCCUUCUUCGUGCUGCUGUCCAUGCUGCUCAUCCUCGGCUGCAUCACCUGCUUCGCCCUCUUCUUCUUCUGCAACACGGCCACGGUCUACAAGAUCUGCGCCUGGAUGCAGCUCCUGGCAGCUCUGUGCCUUGUUCUGGGCUGCAUGAUAUUCCCCGACGGCUGGGACUCGGAGACCAUUCGGGACAUGUGCGGGGCCAGGACCGGCAAGUACUCACUGGGGGACUGCUCGGUGCGCUGGGCCUACAUCCUGGCCAUCAUCGGUAUUCUCAACGCCCUCAUCCUGUCCUUCCUCGCCUUCGUCUUGGGCAACCGGCAAACCGACCUCCUGCAGGAAGAGCUCAAGCCGGAAAACAAAGAUUUCGUGGGUUCCACGGUCAGCUCCGUGUUGCGGCCAGGGGCUGACGUCUCUGGAUGGGGGGUUCUCCCCUGUCCCGUCGCACACUCCCAGGGACCCUGAAGGCCAGGCUCACACCUUUCCAGCUUGUCCUGUCUCCUGCCCUCGCACUCCCUGUUCAGGCGUCGAGGGAGCCCCCCGAACUCCAUCCAUGGACUCACCUGCAGCUGUCUGCGAGCCUGGGGCUUGGUGGAGAGGUCGGGUGCCGGGGCCACGCCUCCUCCUGCCCUCCACUGGCCUCAGGGGGCCGGACCCCACUCCUUGGCCUCUCCUGAGCCGUAGCUUGGCCUGUGGCCGGUGGCUCCAUCCAGGGGAGGUGGUGCCGCUCCCAGCCAGGCCCCGGCUCCCACCUGGCUUUGUACUCUCGCCUUCAGCCCCUGCCUCCUGCAGACUUCAUUCAGACAUUGCCCGGACACCAGGACUCUUCCGGGCCGUGUUUGGCUGAUGAUGGUGCCAUCGCAUCCUCACAGAGCACCAGGAGUCGGGCCCAUGGGCCCCUGGACCCCGGUUCCAGCCCGCUCCCUGCUCCCCAGGAGGACUCACUCGGAGGUGCCCCAAGGGAGCAGACCCCGGGGCUAUGCCACUGCCCUCGGGGACUGUCCAGGCCAGAGCCUUCACCGCUGCUGCCCUGCUGCUGCCCCCACCGGCCUGUUUUGUACAGCACAUAUUUCUCGGCCCUGUUGUCAGGGUUGGGGCGUGGGGAAGGGGUGCAGAUGUGGCAUCGAGGGGUGCACCCCUCCUCUUGCGUCCCCUCCCCCAUCCCGGGCCUCUGCCAAGGGCAGAAACUGUUUUGCCUCUUUGAUAAUUUUCUGCGUAACUUGAACUUGCAGGUCACCUCUGAACAGGGUACUCCAUCCUUUCCUCCCCUCUACCCACUGGCCUGGUCCCUGUCACCCACCCUUAUUCCUCCUCCUGUCCCUCCUCCUCCUCCUCCUCGCCUGGCGGGCAGUGCUUGGAGCUGAGGCAUGUGUGCACGUGAGGUGGGGGUUUAGGAUCCCCCCCCCCCCCAGAUUUCCCAGCAGUGUCGUACGCUGCUUCUCUGGUGGCUGAUGCAGAGGAGGGGGCUGCCUCCGGACCCCCAGCAUGAGUAGCCUCCACCAGAGUGAUGAGCAGAAAACAUGGGGGGGCUGGUGCCCCAGGACAGAGCUGGUCGCCCCUGUCAGCCUCUUCUGGACCCUUCCUGGACUCUGGCAGAAUCCUGACCUUCCCCAUGAGUGCUCUGGCCCAUCUGUGACCCCAGGGGAUGGGGUACAGAAUUGACCCUGCUUUAAGAUGCAAAUCAAAGCCCAGAGGAGGCAAUGGGAACCCCAAAUCCCUGUUGCCCAACUGGGCAGGGAGGUGAAAUCUGCCCACCUGUGGCCAAACUGCCCCCCUGGGGUCGAGGCUGGGGGACCAGGCAGGAUGCCUCAGUGUGAGAAUGGCCAGGGGUGGUCGGAUCCAGCGGAUACCCAGUGCAGGCGCCUCUGGAGCCCAGGAAGGGGUUCAGCCCCAGGACAGGUGACCUGGCUGUCAUCUCGGGGAGACCCAAGCACAGCUGUUCCCAAGUCCAGUGAGGUCUCUCAGACCCUGAUCCAGAGCUUUGAAUGGCCUGCCAAGGUUCCCCAUACCCCAGAACAGGGACCAGUGCUCCUCUGCCCUGCCCCUGUUCUCAGACAGUCUAGAGCAGCCCACGGUGGCGCUGCUCAACUCUUCCUCUUUGGGGACCAGUAUCCCUGUAGAAGGCACUUUUCCAGAGGGGUGAGGAACCAUGGGUGAUAGAUACCCC